GAACUAGUAGUCAGUCAAAUCUGUUUUUGAUGGUAGUUUAAAGAGUCUGAAUCAAGGCGCUAUUCUGAGCAACAGACUGGGUUGAAGUGAGGUGGUGGUAUGGUUAGGGAAAAGUACGGAGUCCGGUUGACGCCGGAGCAGCGGAACCAACUGGAACACUUGGUACGAGCGGGUAAAAGUACCGCUCGGGUGACUACUCGGGCUCGGAUACUGCUCAAGACCGACGCUGGUUGGGCCGCGCCCCGGGUUGCCGAGGCACUGGACGUGGCGGAGGGCACGGUGUUCCGCAUCAAGCGCCGCUUUGCCGAAGCUGGAUUAGCUGGGGCGCUGCAAGACCGGGUCCAAGCGAACCGGUACCGGAAGCUGGAGGACCGGGGCGAAGCCCACCUGAUCGCCCUGGCCUGUAGCCCAGCGCCGGAAGGACAUGCCCAUUGGACCCUGCGCUUGCUGGCUGGGAAGGUGGUGGAGUUGGGGUUGGCGUCAUCCUUGUCCCACGAGACGGUGCGCCAGCGGCUCAAAAAAACGCUCUCAAGCCGUGGCAGAAGAAAGAGUGGUGCAUCCCCAAGGUGAGCGCCGACUUCGUGGCCCACAUGGAGGAAGUGCUGGACCUGUACGCCGAGCCCUAUGACCCAAAGCGGCCGGUGGUCUGCUUUGACGAGACCUCCACCCAGUUGCUGGCCGAGACCCAGCCGGCGCUGCCGGCCCAGCCGGGACACCCCCUGCGGCAGGACUACGAGUACCGCCGAGAAGGCACCCGCAAUCUGUUCUUGGCCUGUGAACCGUUGGCCGGUUGGCGCCACGUGGCGAUUACUGAACGGCGCACGAUGCAGGACUUCGCCCAGCAGAUGCGCUGGCUGGUGGAUGAAGCCUACCCGGAGAUAGCGGUGGUGCGGGUGGUAUUGGACAACCUGAACACUCACCGCGUGGCGUCGCUGUACG